AACGUCGGCAACUAAACUCAGUACGAAACGACACAAUCGAUUCUGCAGCAUCCAAUUUCGAUGUAAAUUCAUAAAAUGUUGUUGUUUAUUUGUUUAAGUGAAGUGCAUGUGCAUGUCGGUUACUUUUGAAAACGUUAAUUAACUUGAUGUCUCGUUAACAUUUAACGAGCAUAUAAUGAGCGUACAUUUAGCUGUAUAACAACAAAAACAAAAGGAACAAAAAGAAAAAACAAGCUCAACGUCUGCGCAAACGCAAACGCGUUUCAUGUUUUCGGCUAGUUAAAAGCAAAGGAGCGAACAAUAUCAAACGGAAUACGACAAAAGCAGCAGUUGUCCAAAUGACGCGUUUUAGACGCUUGCUGCCGCAGUCGCUGCUGCUGCUGCCGCUGCUAACGUCGUUGCUUGCAGCAAUUCCGGUUUUACAGGGCAACUCAGUGUCGUCCCCGCCCCCGGUCCCUCCCUCAGCUGGCGAUGGCAUGCGAAUCUUGCGGGCACCCGAAAGCACAGUGGCGCCCCCUGGCGAUGAGGUGGUAUUGGAAUGCGAGACCAGUUUGCCGCCGGAGCGUUUCGAAUGGAGUUACGCCUCAAGUCGACGCUUUAAAAAUUUAAAAGCGAACAGCGCCAAAUCGAAUUACAAUAUAACCAUAACCCAUGACAAUGACAUAUCCAAACUGCGUCUUUCUGUCCGUCCCGACACCUUGGGUGAGUAUCGCUGUGUGGCCUGGUUUGGUCCUUCGGCCGUCACUUCGACCAUAGCGCGUUUGGAACUGGCCAGCAUAAGUGGCGCCAUAGGACAGGGUCAGACGGAGUGGCAGUUGGCAGCUGGCAACACGCUGCAGUGGCACUGUGGACAGGUGGAUUCAAAUCCCCCCGCCAGUUGGAGUUUCUAUCACAAUGGCAGGGAAAUACAAUCCCUCAAUGGUUCCAAUGGCACGUUGCUCCUUUCACAUGUCUCCAUGUCGCACAGUGGUAGCUACAGUUGUGUGGCCACAAAUACCGCAUCGGGUGUUCGGAUCACCUUGCCUGGCAGACUGCAAUUGCAGGUGACGGGCAAAGAAGUGCCAACUGUUGCUCCUCAUCUGCUAAGUGGACAACGCCUUCUCACGAACAUCGUAGCCAGAUCUGGCGAAUCCGUGCUCUUGUUAUGUCCAGGUGUGGGCAAUCCUCCGCCCAAGGCUGUCUGGAGCAGACCAGUUGUCAGUCAAUCGAAUAAUCGCACACACACACUUCCCUAUGGACUACGCAUUGAUGAACUGCAGGCGUAUGAUGCGGGCACCUACAAUUGUUUUCUGGACAAUGGGAUUAGGCCAGCACUGGAGCACUCCAUUAAGCUGGAAGUGCAUCAAUCACCACGCAUUGUGGUGUCACCCAAAGCCAAUUUGACCAACGAGGGGGAACGCAUGCAGCUGGAUUGCAUAGCCGAGGGAGUUCCUACACCAGAGAUCUAUUGGCUACUCAAUGGUGACAACAGCAUCUACGAUGCGGAAGCAGAGUUACAGCCAAAUGGUUCACUGAUCCUGCACAGCGUUCAGAAGCGUCAUGCCGGCUACGUGCAGUGCUUUGCUCGGAAUCGUUUGGGCGAGCACAGUGCAGGCACUCUGCUCCUGGUCAAUCCCAAGCAGAUCCAAAGCGGAGAGGGUGCCCGAUCAUCCAGUCGUCCCGUCCACAAUCGUAAACAGAAGCAACAACAAAUGAUACCGCCAUCGGCGCCAAAUGUCACACGACUCUCGGAUGAAUCCGUCAUGUUGCGCUGGCAUGUGGUGCGCAAUGGAGGAUUGCCCAUAUUGUUCUUCAAGGUGCAGUACAAGAUGUUGACGGAGGGUGGCAAGAAGAAGAACUGGCACACAACCAACGAGAAUAUACCAUAUGGCAAGGAGCGUCAAAAUGCAGGAGUUAAGAACUUUACGUCGUCGGUGACGGGAUUGCGAGCGGAUCGUAGCUAUAGAUUCCGCAUUAUGGCUGUCUACUCCAACAACGACAACAAGGAGAGCAACACCUCCGGCAAGUUCUUUCUGCAAAGUGGAGCCGCACUUGCUCCUCUUGCUGUUCCCGAGCUGGUGAGCAUUGAGGAUUACUCCGAAACGGCAGUCGUGCUGCACUGGCGCCUCUCCAGCGUUGAGGAUGAAAAAUUGAUAUCCGGCUAUUAUGCCUACUAUCGUCCGUCGGCUUCUGCCGGCGAGUAUUUGAAGGCGACCAUUGAUGGAGCCACGUCAAGAAGAUUUCAAAUCGCCGCUCUGGAGCCGGGCACCAUUUACGAGUUCAAGCUGCAAUCCUUUAGUGACAUCUCCGCCUCUGAGUUCAGUGCUCUGAAGCAAGGUCGCACCCAACGACCCAUGGACAGCACGACUGUCCAGCCGACUAUUCAUUCCAUGGAUACCACAACUCCGAGUCAUAAUGAGACAUUCAAUAUGAAUCCUCUGCUUACGGGCACCAUUGGCGGUAGUGCUGUGCUAAUCCUGCUUGUGGUCAGUGCAUGUUUCUGCUUCUGUCGGCGACGCAGCUCCCGGGGAGAUAAUCAACAGAACAAGCCACGUCUGGCCGAGCUACGGGAGGACUUUGUGCCGUUGAGUGCGUGCUCGCCGAAUAAACCACGCACUCGACAUAUCCACAUUACGUUGAAUCCUCUGGCGCAACAGCAACAACAGUUGCAACAGCACGAUGACAAGGAUACACAGGACAAUGAUAUGGGUUACUUUCAGCGUUCGCCCGUUGUUUACGAUGCUGAUACACUGGGCUUCAAUGGACUCGCCAGAAUGUCCUCCUCAUCCCUGCGACGCUCUCAGCGCACGCUGGAACGUGCCGCUGCUGGUGGCGGCUCCGGUGGCAAUAACAACAAUCUCAAUCAGCCAGCUGAUGGGGCACUUGCAACUUCAGCGGACAGUCCUCGACUGCAGUCAAAUAAUAAGCCAGGACGUGUCAUUCUUAAGCGCACCCGCCUCUCCAGUCGCUCGGAGAAUCUCUCCUCCGGCAGCCUGAACAGUGUAGGCGUAUAAACUCGUGAUCUUUAGUCUAUAUUCAUAUAUCUAGAUAUAUGCUACUCCUCUACCUCUGAUUUAAAGCCUUUUAAACUUCAAAAAAAGAAAAAGACAACUACUUAAACAGUUUGUACUUAUGUAUACAAAUGCAAUUAGCACUUAAGUACUUAAUUAGUUUUCUUCAUAUUAGUUGAUAUGUAUUACAUUAUUUGUGGGAUGUUUAAUCCUCAUGUGCAUUUCUUUAGUCUAGUAAUGUACGAAUUUAAGCGUAGUUAGUCUUCCAUCUCUCUUUAUAAGUUGAAAUUCUGUACUGAUAGCUUCAUAGUAUUGUAAAAAUAAAUGACAAUAAAUUUUGCUAACUUUCCGAAAAAA